ACCUGUGCUGGAUGCUGUUACCCAGAGUGAGGAGGAUGAUCUUGAGUCUGGACUAGUCUAUUCUGGGAGCUCUUGUGUCUGUCUUGUUCUCUCUCUGCGCUUUUUGCAAAGAGAGCAGGUGGUACAUCUCUGCUCUUGGGCAGGAAAGUCACCUGCUGUUACCAACCGGACUCCUCUCCUUUCACCUCAUAUUUUUCUUCUUCUUGUGGAGAACGUGUGUCUAUUAUGGCGCACGCAGCGGCACACCUCAAAAAGGCCAGGCUGGAGAUGGACCAGCCUGACACGAAGGCACUGGAGAAGGCUCGUGAGAGAAGGAGACGCUCUCGAGAACGGGCUGAGCGCAAACGCAAGUCGGACAGCAACACCAGUUUCUUACGGGCUGCGAGAGCUGGAAACAUUGACAAGGUUCUGGAGUAUCUUAAGGGCGGUGUGGACAUCUGCACUUGCAAUCAGAAUGGACUCAAUGCUCUGCACCUGGCAGCUAAGGAGGGGCACAUGGAUCUUGUCCAGGAGCUGCUGGAUAGAGGUGCCGCAGUGGACUCUGCAACGAAGAAAGGAAACACAGCUCUCCACAUCGCCUCUCUAGCAGGUCAGGGGGAUGUGGUGAAGACCCUGGUCAAACGUGGAGCAGACAUCAAUGCACAAUCACAGAAUGGCUUCACUCCUUUAUAUAUGGCUUCCCAAGAGAACCAUUUGGAUGUGGUUCGCUACCUUCUGGAAAACGGAGGAAACCAGAGCACAGCAACAGAGGAUGGCUUUACCCCUUUGGCCAUUGCUCUACAGCAGGGUCAUAAUCAGGUUGUCUCCAUCCUCCUGGAGAAUGACACUAAGGGGAAGGUGCGCCUUCCUGCCCUGCACAUUGCAGCCCGUAAGGAUGACACAAAAUCUGCUGCCCUGCUACUCCAGAAUGACCACAACGCAGAUGUCCAGUCCAAGAGUGGAUUUACACCACUGCACAUCGCAGCUCACUAUGGGAACGUGAAUGUAGCAACGUUACUACUAAAUCGCGGAGCUGCUGUGGAUUUUACUGCAAGGAAUGGAAUCACACCAUUACACGUGGCGUCGAAGAGGGGAAAUACAAACAUGGUCCGGCUGCUGUUGGACAGAGGAGCCAAGAUUGACGCCAAAACAAGGGAUGGCCUCACACCUCUGCACUGUGCGGCCAGGAGUGGACACGACACAGCAGUGGAGCUCUUGCUGGAAAGAGGAGCUCCAAUUCUGGCCAGAACCAAGAAUGGCCUGUCUCCACUCCACAUGGCAGCACAGGGUGACCAUGUCGAGUGUGUUAAACACCUGCUGCAGCACAAGGCGCCGGUGGAUGAUGUCACGCUGGACUACCUGACUGCACUCCAUGUUGCCGCUCACUGUGGCCACUACAGAGUCACGAAGCUUCUGCUUGACAAAAGGGCCAAUCCUAAUGCUCGGGCACUGAACGGCUUUACACCUCUUCAUAUUGCCUGUAAGAAGAACCGAGUGAAGGUGAUGGAGCUUCUUGUCAAAUAUGGAGCUUCCAUUCAGGCCAUCACUGAAUCUGGCCUCACCCCUAUACAUGUGGCAGCUUUUAUGGGCCACCUCAGCAUUGUUCUCCUGCUGCUUCAAAAUGGAGCUUCUCCUGAUGUCAGCAACAUACGUGGAGAGACAGCACUGCAUAUGGCUGCUCGAGCUGGCCAGGUGGAGGUUGUGCGAUGCCUACUAAGAAAUGGCGCAAUGGUAGAUGCAAGAGCCAGAGAGGACCAGACUCCUCUACACAUUGCCUCGCGGUUGGGGAAAACAGAGAUUGUACAGCUGCUCCUGCAGCAUAUGGCACAUCCAGAUGCCUCUACAACCAAUGGCUACACACCUCUGCACAUCUCUGCUCGUGAGGGGCAGCUGGACGUAGCAUCAGUACUGCUUGAGGCUGGAGCUUCUCAUUCCCUUCCAACUAAGAAAGGGUUUACUCCCUUACAUGUUGCAUCUAAGUAUGGAAGCCUUGAUGUGGCAAAGCUCCUGCUGCAGCGUCGAGCCCCUCCAGAUGCAUCUGGGAAAAACGGUCUCACGCCUCUCCAUGUCGCUGCACAUUAUGAUAACCAGAAGGUGGCACUGCUGCUUUUGGAUAAAGGGGCUUCCCCCCACGCCACAGCCAAGAACGGAUAUACUCCUCUCCACAUAGCUGCAAAGAAGAACCAGAUGGAGAUUGGCACUACUUUACUGCAGUAUGGGGCAGAAACCAACAUUCUGACCAAGCAGGGGGUGACGCCACUUCACCUGGCCUCUCAGGAGGGCCACAGUGACAUGGUAGCUCUGCUGCUGGAGAAAGGGGCCCAAAUCAAUGUGCCCACUAAGAGUGGCCUUACAGCUCUUCAUCUGGCUGCCCAGGAAGACAAAGUCAGUGUUGCUGAAAUCUUAGUUAAAAACAAUGCCAGCCUCGACCAGCAAACUAAAUUGGGUUACACACCACUAAUUGUCGCCUGCCACUACGGAAAUGCCAAGAUGGUCAACUUCCUUCUGAAAAAUAAUGCCAGCGUUAAUGCCAAAACAAAGAAUGGAUACACACCUCUUCACCAAGCAGCUCAACAGGGUAACACACACAUCAUCAACGUUCUGCUGCAAUAUGGAGCCAAACCCAAUGCUACCACUGCGAAUGGAAACACAGCCCUUGCCAUUGCUCGUCGCCUGGGUUACAUCUCAGUGGUGGACACAUUAAAAGUUGUUACAGAGGAGGUCAUUACAACGACAACCACGGUGACUGAGAAACACAAACUGAAUGUGCCAGAGACCAUGACUGAGGUCCUUGAUGUGUCUGAUGAGGAAGCAUUCAAGCAGACUGCUGAUGGUGCUAUAUCUGAUGACUCCUUUGAUGAAGGUGAGGACACUAUGACGGGUGAUGGAGGAGAAUAUCUAAGAGCAGAGGACCUGAGAGAGCUGGGAGAUGAUUCCCUGCCUGGUCAAUACUUGGAUGGCAUGAAUUAUCUGAGGUUCAGUUUAGAAGGCAGCCGGUCUGAAAGUAUGGACAGGUCCUACAUGUCUAAUCGUCAUGGCUAUUACUCUCCAAAGCAUGAUGGGAUGAUGGAUGAUACAAUCCACAGUUACCAGGUGUCAUCUCUUGCUAAUGAGAAGGACCCAUUUAGACUGAACUGGGAAACAGAAAACUUGGACAAUAUUGCACUCUCUUCCAGUGCUGCUCAGUCUGGCCAUUCCUCUCCGUGCCAUGAACAUGACAGCAGCAGCUUUCUUGUCAGUUUUAUGGUGGAUGCCCGAGGUGGUGCCAUGCGUGGGUGCCGCCAUAAUGGCCUUCGCAUCAUCAUCCCCCCCAGGAAGUGCAGUGCUCCAACACGAGUAACAUGUCGCCUAGUGAAACGACAUCGCUUAGCGACCAUGCCCCCAGUGGUUGAAGGAGAUGGUUUAGCUACUAGAAUUAUUGAGGUUGGACCUUCUGGGGCUCAAUUCCUUGGUAAGCUCCACCUCCCCACUGCCCCUCCCCCUCUGAAUGAGGGUGAGAGUUUGGUUAGCCGCAUCCUUCAGCUGGGGCCACCAGGGACCAAAUUCCUGGGACCAGUGAUUGUGGAGAUUCCACAUUUUGCUGCUCUGAGGGGAAAGGAGAGAGAACUAGUGAUCCUGCGCAGUGAGACAGGAGAAAGCUGGAAAGAACAUCAGUGUGAAUAUACAGAGGAGGAGCUCAAUCAAAUCCUUAAUGGCAUGGAUGAAGAUCUGGACCCUCCCGAAGAGCUGGAGAGGAAGCGUAUUUGCCGCAUAAUCACCCGGGACUUCCCACAAUACUUUGCAGUAGUCUCACGGAUCAAACAGGACAGUAAUUUGAUUGGUCCAGAGGGUGGGAUUUUGAGCAGCACAGUGGUACCACAAGUCCAGGCUGUCUUCCCAGAAGGGGCACUUACAAAACGUAUUCGAGUUGGAUUACAGACUCAGCCUGUGAAUGUAGAUCUGGUAAGAAAGUUCUUGGGGAACAAGGCUACAUUUAGUCCUAUAGUCACCCUGGAGCCCCGUAGGCGGAAGUUCCAUAAACCCAUUACUAUGACCAUUCCUGUCCCCAAAACUUCAACUGACCCUAUAUACAAUGGCUUUGGAGGAGAUACACCAACACUCCGCUUGCUAUGCAGUAUCACGGGUGGAACAACACCAGCUCAGUGGGAGGAUAUUACUGGAACCACACCUUUAACUUUUAUCAAUGACUGUGUUUCAUUCACCACAAAUGUCUCUGCAAGAUUCUGGCUAAUAGAUUGUCGACAAGCCCACGAGUCAGUCAACUUUGCCACACAGGUGUAUCGGGAGAUAAUCUGUGUGCCGUACAUGGCAAAAUUUGUCAUCUUUGCCAAAACCCAUGACCCAAUUGAGGCACGCCUUCGCUGUUUCUGCAUGACUGAUGAUAAGAUAGAUAAAACUCUGGAGCAGCAGGAGAACUUCACAGAGGUGGCUCGAAGUCGGGAUGUAGAGGUUUUAGAAGGAAAACCCAUCUAUGCCGACUGCUUUGGAAAUUUAGUCCCCCUCACCAAGAGUGGCCAACACCAUAUCUUCAGCUUUUUUGCCUUCAAGGAAAACCGACUUGCCCUCUUCAUAAAGAUACGAGAUAACACUCAGGAGCCUUGUGGUCGAUUGUCCUUCAUGAAAGAACCGAGAUCAUAUAGGAGUUUGGCCCACGAUGCCAUAUGCAACCUAAAUAUUAAUCUACCAAUGUAUGCUAAGGAAUCAGAUUCAGACCAAGAGCCUGAUGAGGAGACUAGCCGAACACUUGGAAGAUAUGAUGAAGAUACUGAAAAUUCUACAGAGGCAUCCAUCCUGAAAAGUCACUUGAUUCGAGGUUCUACUGCCCUAGCCAGCCCAGAUUUACUCUCUGAGGUUUCAGAGAUGAAACAAGAUCUGAUCAAAAUGACUGCCAUUCUGACCACUGAUACAUCUGAGAAGUCAAAUUCUAUGCAUGGGGGUAGUCUAGUGAAAGGGGUGGAGGAGGUGUCAGGGGAGCCUUUUGAAAUAAUGGAAAAGGUAAAGGAGGAUUUGGAGAAAGUUAAUGAAAUUCUAAGGAGUGGGACAUAUGAAGAUGAAGUUGUUGAAGAUUCAGCAAAAGCAGGAGGUCAUCCAUAUAGAAAGGAUGAGGAGUGGGUGCUUCUUUCAGAUUGUGAAAUUGAGGAGGCUAAAAUGAUGGCAGCUUUUGAGACCCAAGAGGCACUUCUUAAGGACAUUCGAGGUAGCCGUCAGUCACAAAAGGGUGUAGAUAGAGACCAUAAAGAGUACUUUCUGGAUGCACAUGUGACAUCUGGAGCGAAAGUGCAGGAGAGUGUGGCACAGGAAAAGUUCACAGAAAUUGUUUUGCGCAAAGGUGGCAAAAAAAUUGUACCAUCUGUACUGAAAGAUAAUAAAACACAUGUCACUGAAGUGAAAAAGCCCAUUAGAAGAAAAGGGCCUCAUGGACAGAGUAAUGAAUACAAUGUGCCUACUUCAAAAACUGGUUCUGUUAGUGAGAGAACAGAAAAAACACAGCGAGAUGAUGGCCUCUUACAUGCUCCCUCAAACGAAAAAAAAUCGCCUGUAUCUCCAGUAGUUGAAGAAACACCAAUUGGCUCAAUUAAAGACAAAGUUAAAGCUCUUCAAAAGAAGGUGGAGGAAGAACAAAAAGGCCGCAAGCAGACUGGCAGCAAACCCUCUCAUGGGUCUUCAGGAAAAAAGUCAUCUCCUGUUAUUAAAGAUCAAAAAACACCAACCUCUAAAAAAACACAAGCUCCCACCAAAACACCAAAAAAUGAGUCAGAGAGACUAGAAGAGACUAUGUCAGUAAAAGAACUCAUGAAGGCUUUUCAGACAGGACAAGACCCUUCGAAGGGAAAGUCUGGACUUUUUGAACAUAAAGCAAGUUCUGGACUAAAGCACACAAAAACAGUUCAAAUAAAUGAAACUCUGUCCAGACAGUCCGCAUCUCAAACUUCUUCACUUGGACAAAAAGUGUCACUUGAAACUAAAAAAUGUGUUGACCCAGAGAAAAUUAAAGAAUUUAAGAUUAGCACGGAGAUAGGACAUUCUCAGGACGUAAGUUCCAGUGUAAGACCAAAACCAGAAGACAGUGUUCAGUGCCAAGAACUAAAAAUGCUAACAGUGCAAGAUGAAGUUACUUCUGCCUUACAAUCAGUAGAGCCUUCAGCCCAGAAAGAUCUGGCCGCAUCAAAACCCCAAGAUUUGUCUAAGGAAAAUGAGUCCUUAACUCAACUUCAUAGUGGCCUGGAUAUGCUUAAUGAAAGCUCGGACAGUCACAAAAUUGAAAGGACAGUUGUUUCCCCUUGUGCCAGCGUAGGUGAAGAUGAAGUCCACAUGAGCUCAGAGGACAGUGACAAACAUGAAGGUAUGGCAGAAACUCUGGAUACAAGUCCCGAAAGCCUUUCAUCAUCACCCAAACAGCCAAGUCAAUAUAUUGAUGGAAAGCUCUCAAAAGUUGAAACAGUUACAGCCAAAAAUGAGACAAGUACACUAUCUAACAACUCUUCCACUGGUGCAAAGACAGCUGAUGAUCAGGCAUCUACAACAACUCUUGGAUACGUGUCUGUGAAAAAUGCAUUGGAUUAUUGUAUAAAAAGUGAGUCUGUGUCUGCUUCUCAAAGCAAAACUGUUAAAUUUGUUGAUGAAAAAUUCUCUGUUGAUGAGGACAUUCUUUUGACAUCAUCAAAACCAACAAAAUCUCGAAAACUAAUGAAAAGGGGUUCUGAAACAAUAGACAGUUUUUUGAGUGAUGAAGAGCCAUCAGAUGGUCAACAACUGUCAACCUCAACUGACUACUUGGCUACAAGAGCUGAUACACAGGGUUAUAGUGGUUUAGUACUGCCUCUUAGACAUCAAGAUUCAGAGACCAUUAGUCCAGUAGCUGAUGAUUCUAUAACUAUUAGUCAUAAGGACUCAUUAGAAGGUAGCCCCCUUAUGGAAGACAACUCCUCCCAUAAAUCCCCAGACUCAAUUGAACCUAGUCCAACUAAAGACUCCCCAUGCUGUGACUCUCUAGAAAGCAGCCCUAUAGAACAAAAAAACAUCUUGACCUUGCCUUCAGUAGAGCAACCCAGUGUGACUGCAGGGCAGCAGACAUCCUCCAAAACUCCUUUACCCUCAGAAAAAUUGCAUAGACUCCCCAGAGACCAGGAGGAUAGUGUCGACGGUGACAGUUGUGAACAGACAUCUCAACUGAAGAGUUCGGGUAAGAGUUCUUUUCCCCCUGACACCCCAAGUUUUGAAGAGGUAAGUUAUGAGCUCAAUCCCAAAACCCAAGACCCUAUGGUCCAUUCCAUGUUCCUAUUUCCAUCCGUCAUACCUGAGGAUGCAGAGGGAGAUGUGUUAAAGUGUGUCAUGACCCAGAGGAAAUUCAACCCUGAGGAAGAGAUGUUUAAAAUGGCUGCCAAAAUAAAAACAUUUGAUGAGAUGGAGCAAGAUGAAAAAGACAGAAAGGGCUAUAGCAAAGAAAUCUUCUCUCAGACCAUGAAUGAGUCUGAAAGAGGAAAUGAAAGCAUCAGAUUGAUUGGACCUGAAUUCAAAGUUGAAACAGACUCAGUGGAUGGCCUUGGGCCUACUGAGACAAAACAAUGGUCAGAGGUAGCACAAUCUAAUGAACCAAAUAUUAAAGUACAACCUCCCUCUCCUUUUCCAGCAGGUGUGCAUGAGAUCCCUCAAACAUCUGAGGACAUGGCCCACACUGCAGCUUCAACAGAUGAAUCAGCAAUAGAGGGACCUCCGUCUGUCUCAGAAACACAUACAGCAAAAGAUCAUCAGACCACGCUACAAAAUGAAAUGCAGACACUUAAUAUUAAAGUGUUAGAACAGACCAACAAACAAUUGUUAAGCAAAGAAGGGAUGGUCAAUAUUGAAAAUCUGGAACUGAAAGAGGAAAGCCAGAAGAGGUCAUGGGAAAGCAAGUAUGAUGAUAAGGGUGGAAAGCAGAACGAUUUAUCAGACUACCAGGAAGCGUAUAGAAAAUCACCCAGUCCAUUAGAAAGUCAUAUAACAUAUAAUGUUGAGGGUGAUAACAUAAGGCCUACAGGGAUAUCUGAUAUAGGUUUAAGCAGGGAUAGUUUAAGGACAGAAACAGAUACUUUGUCUAGUAUUAUGGUGCAAGCUAGGGAAACGUUUAAACCAGAAAUAUGUAUUUAUGAUGACAUUGAAGAAGAUGAAUUAGAUGAAGAACUUCCUAAAACAAAGUCUAGAGGGGUAACUGCAAAAACUAUGGCAGACAACUGGAAUGAUUUGCGGGAAGAUGAUGAUGCCUUUGCAGCAAGAGUCAAAGAAGAGGAACAAAAGAUUUUAGGUCUGGCAGUAGAUCGACAGUCCCAAGCUGCAACUCCAGACACGACACCGGGAAGGACGCCCACUGAGGAAGGCACGCCAACAAGUGAACAAAACCCGUUCCUUUUUCAAGAGGGUAAACUAUUUGAAAUGACUAGAAGUGGAGCAAUAGACAUGACCAAAAGGGGAUACGAGGAAGAAGGCUUUGCUUAUUUUCAAAUAGGAGAGCAACCAAUUGAAGAGGCACUUAUAGAGGAGGCUAUGGAAGAACCUGGUGCAGAACAAGAGAUUGCUAUAAACCUCACUCUGCAGAAUAAACCAGAAGAUGUUAAGGAAUAUUUAGAAGAGGCUACAGACAUAUCACUUCACUCCACACCUGAGAAUGAUCAAUCUGGUAUAGCUUCUAAAUCAAAUGUCCCACAGCCUACUAUACCAAUUAAUUUAGCUGUUUCUGUUUCACCCCAAACAAGUAAAAACAACAUUGCAAAAGAGGCUGUAGAAAUAAAAACAGACAGGUUACCUGAAGAAAGUUUGUCAGGGACUGAUCUUGGUACUACAGACACUUCCAUCUUAACCAAUGAUGGAAUCAUAACCAAUGUCCAGACAGCAGUAUCAACAGUAACCAGGUCAGUUUAUUCCCAGCAGGACCAAGAGUCCUCAGAUUCCUCCCCAGAGGAUGAACAUUCAGUAAUAGAAUUACCUAAAGCCCCUGAAAAAAGAUCACAAACUUCCAAAAUGAUAUCAAAAACAAAGCCCGAUUCUAAAGGUAAUACUGCAUCAGCUCAGAAAAAGACAUCCUUCUCUAAGGAGGAGGAGAAGCCAAAAUCAAGAAUCCCUAUAAAAGCUAUUUCCAACAAAUCAGAGACAGAACAUGAUUUAUCUGUAAAAUCUCCUAAAGAGAAGAAGACUAAAUUGCCUGUAAAACCUGAAACACGGAGAAAAUCUGAGACAGACACAGGUCCCUCUGUAAGCUCAAGAGUGACAAGGUCUAUCAAAGCCAAGAGCUACUGUGAAAGUGAUUCUACAAAGAAACCAGCAAAAAAGGACCAGGGUCAUCCAACAGGUACUGAAUUGCCGAACAAAUAUAAGACAUUACCAUCCAAGCUACCUGUCAGGGGAAAGCCUGGACAACCAACUCAAACUACAACAACUGGCAAAAAAGAGCAGCCAUCUGAGAGGUGCAAGAAGCCUACUGAUUUUUUUGAGGAGAUUAGUGAUGAGGCAGCUAAACUAGUGGAGAGGUUGGCCCAAGCUGAAAAAGAGAAAGAGGAGGCUGCUGCCAUUUCGGAUGAUGAAAGCAGCACCAUAGAUGUCUCAGUAAUAGAAAAUGAGCCUUUCCCUGAUAUGCAGAUGCCUCUUCCUGAGGACCCAUUGGUCAUUAGGCCUCGAUGGGACGACCCUGUUGAGACGCAGAUGGAAAGAAUCCCUGCUGAUAAAGCCCAAGUCCAAAGUCAAGUGGAUCCACAGGAUGAGCUUGACAGGAAGGAAGGACGAUUGGCUGUAAUGGCUGAUCAUCUUGGUUUCAGCUGGACAGAGCUGGCUCGUGAACUUGAAUUUGAUGAAGAGCAGGUCAAUCAGAUAAGAGUGAAGAAUCCAAACUCAUUACAAGACCAAAGUCAUGCACUUAUAAGACUAUGGACAAAAAGAGAGGGGACAAAUGCUACAGAAAGCAUUUUGAUCUCGAAGCUGAAAAAGAUUAAUCGUAUGGACAUUGUACAUCUCAUUGAAACAAAGAUCAUACAGUCCAUUCAGGACCACUCAUCGCACACCUAUGCAGAAAUAGAGCAGUCUAUCUCACUGGACAAUAGUGAAGGAUUCUCAGCUCUUAAUGAGGACAUCGAUAGCCCUAGACCAGUCCGCCACACAGAGCACACUUCAAAAAUGCCAAAGUAUGGACUUCAGCCACCUUUAGUAUCUGCUGAAGAUCUCUCUUCUAGUGUAUCUUCACUCAAUGAUACCCAGAAAGAGAAGCCACUGCUGCAGAUAGAUAAAACUGAAGAGGUUGCUGCAGGCCCAACACUGUCUGGUUUUGAGAUGAUUGGUCUAAGACAACAGUUCCCUGGCACAGUAAAAAAAGGAGAUGAAUUGCCAGAUAUUUCCCCUUACAAAGUGACUGAGGAGCAAUACACAGAUGAGCAUGGAAACAUAGUCACCAAAAAGAUCACAAGGAAAAUUAUCCGCAAGUAUGUGUCUGCCGAUGGAACAGAGCUAGAGGAAGUGAUGCAGGAGGGAACUCAGCAAGAAGCUAUCACUGUAGAUGAGGCUGAUUGUUUUUCCAAAGUGUUAAAAAGGACUGUAGUGAAGAGUGCAGGAGACCAGACUGAGGUGACGUUUUCUGAGGCGGCACCUGUUGGCAAGAUAACAGCCUCCGGGUAUGAAGGAGAGAAUGCCGACGGUCGUAAAGUAAGCAAGGUCAUCAAAACCAUGAUGGUGCAGGGUGAGAGGAUGGAAAAGCAAAUUGGUGACCCCUCGUUGUCAGCAGACCUUCCCUCGGCAAAAGAAGACUUUGAAAAGGCUUUGAGUUAUGCAGGCGGCUUUGACAAAGUUGUUUUGCCUCAUUUAGUGGAGAAAGAGAUUAUGAAGGAGGAUGGAUCUAUGAUCAGAAGGACCCGCAUGCAUAAGACACGCACUCAGAAGAAGACUGUGGUGAGGGACGGCCAGAGCAAACAUAUCCACCUGGAGCGACUGGAGGACACUCCGGAGUCCCUACAACCUGAUGACCUGCAGCAGCACCUACACCAACUGCUCCAACGCUACUGCACACCAGAAGUGGAAGAGGAGGAAGAGGAUGAAGAGGAGGCAGAGGAGGUGAAGGAGAAAGAUGAAAAGCAGGACACAAAUGACUGAUUUUCUAUUACCUUUUCAUUUAUUUGCGCUGUGGCAAGCCUCCCAAAAACCUUGGCAGAAUAGAUCAGAUUGUGACCCAAAUCCUCUGUUGUCACUUUGUCUCUCACCAUCACCAUGACAGUGACUUCCCCUGUUCUGGACCCUUCUUUUACUUUUAUUUAUUUAUAUGUUCAUUUUUUCCUCCGUUGCAAAACAGGAAAGAUUUGUGUGUUAGAAUUUUUUUGUUCAUGUGAAUUUUUUCUAUUUUUCUUACUUUGUGACCAAAGAGUUUACCUUAAUUUAAAUUAACAUAAUCUUAAAUAUGGUGGAAAAGCAACUAAAAAUCAUCUUGGACAUUACUCAUUCACAAACCCCUUUUUUAAGAGCUGACACAAGAUGUGUAAAUAGAUCAAAAAUGAAAAAUAUUCCAAUAUGCACAAAAACAUACUGCGGUUACGGUUAAUUAGCUCAAAUUCUGUCCACAGGCUUUGAUAACUUGACCCUUAAACGUCUGUUACUGGGGCAUGUUUAUUGUACACCACAAACACAGGUUAACAUUUGGACAGUAUUGAGAUCAUGUUUAAAAAAAAAAAAAGAAAUAUGGAGCGAAUUGUGUUCUGUGUAGUUCACCACGAUACCCAGAAUGAGCUUGAGCAAUUUCUAUGUAGUAUAAAUGUAAAUUCAUAUAUAUAUAAAAAAAAGAUGCCAGACGCUAGCUUUUAAUGUGCUUUCUGAGUCAUACUGAAUGAAAGCUUAGAACAUUGUUCCUAACACAUGCUUGUUUUUUUGUUUUUUUUUUUGCUGGUCCUUCACAUAUUGUUAUAAAGAGCGACAACAGCUUUGCACAGUGGAUUCAGUCUGCCCUAUUUACUCUGUGUGUGUGUGUGUGUGUGUGUCUGGGUUUGUGUUUCUUCACCAUGUUAACCUCCUGUCACAACACUGCUACUCUUCGUCUGCACGUAAGAAAGAAGCAUUCAUUAAAAGUAACUUUAUCAGACAAUAAUUUUGCUCCCUCCAAUUUUUCACCACGUUCCCUAACACGAUUAACGGAUAGCUGUCGAUAAUGACUUUAAACUCUUAACCAAAAUCCUAAUGUGUUUGUAGACUUGAUCUCAUUCUCUUCCAUACUGACACAAGAGCAAAAUUAAUAUUGAGAAUUUUACAGCACUGUGAACAGUGCAGUUGAUUAAGGAAGGUAAAAGUUUUUUCAUUUGUUUUGUUGCAUGUAGUACAAAAUUAAAGACAUUGAACAAAAUCAUUCUUUAGUAUUUCACUGUGGCUUCAAUGCUAGAUCGAUUCUCCUGUAGUAAACAUUAACUAAGAAGAGUGCUAUAAAUGAUAGGCACAGGCUCCCCAUGACCCGAGGUAGUUCGGAUAAGCGGUAGAAAAUGAAUGAAUGAAUGAGUGCUAUAAAAUGAUCCCUGUUAAAAACAUGUAAAAUAAUAACAUGGAAUAAAAAAAGCAAAUUCAUAUGAAGUCCAUCACAUUUACUAGUGUUAGGAAUAAUACUAUGGACUUAAGGAACAGAAAACGUAAAUCCAAACAAACAGUUUUACUGAAAUUGCCUGCAUGUUUUACAUUAUUUGAAAAAUAUUUUGUUGAGGGUUUUUAUUAUUAUUUUUGUUUUUGUGUGUGUUUCUUAAGUGCCUCCCGUAAGCUUCCACUGGUCGUAAAUAGUGGAAAUGUUACUGCAGGAAAUUUCUAUCGAAAGUCCUAAAAUAGAAAAACAAAAACACACAACAACAAAAGAAUAUUAUAAGAAGCAGUGCAGUGACACUGAUCUGCGUUUAGAGUCUCUGUAAACUCUAACAAACUCUAAUUAACCCCACCUCCUCUUCAGGUUGUAGUCAGCUGUUGAUUAUGCUCUAGCUGUGAGACGACCCGUCAUACACAGUCACACAAAAAAAAAAACAUACAACGUUUUUAAAAACACUAAAAUGUGAUGAAAAAGUAAGAGGACAUAUCAGCAUCAUAGCUACACCAGUUGCUGCAAAUGUUUUAAUAAUUACUGAGAAGUAGACGGCUAAAGCAGGACUGUAAGAAGUGUAAACUACAAUCCCUCGCCUUUGGGUUGUGGCGAGUCGUUAUCCUUUAACAUAUCUGAUUAUGGUUGUAGUGAAUGCAGUGGUAGCAGUUUUAUUAUCUUCUCAUGUUUUGUGAAUUUGUCAGAUUUGAUGGUUUAUUUACAGUGACAAUGACAUGUUGGUUAUGAUGACCACAAAAGUACAACCUCCAUCUCAACCAAGAAGGCAUGAGUAACAACUAAUCCCAACUGAUACCAUGUUUUGUUGACUUCUUCACUCCCACAUUUUGUUCAAUGCCCAUAGAGAAUGUGUACAAGUGUGUAUGUGAAACUUUCAGUGGUCUUUAUGAGUAGCAAGUUAAUCUUUUUCUAAUGGACAUUUAGCAUGUGUACUAUAAAGCCAUUCUUGAAAUUUAUUUCAAGCUUCAAAUACAAAUCCUGUGUGUAAUUCAUUGGGGUGGUCUGGGGAGGCGUGCAGCCGGACUCUGAGUUAAGCUGAUUAAUAAUUUAUGCAGCACAGGACAUUUACUGUUUGAAAACAACGGCUGUUUCAUGAAUAAGCAUCUUGUUUCUAGGCUGAUGAACAUCUAUAAAGGCAUGUGUUCAUGACUAAUAAACAAAAACAGCAGCUGCAGUGUAUAAAUGAUGGAUAAUAAAUGAUAUCAUGUAGAUCA